UUAAUGUAUGUGUGUUCAGAUUACUUCUUUGUAGGGAAAUGAAAAAGUCCUCAAAUACAACAGGUACUGGUUCUCCAAAAUCAGAUAGUCAGCUCCCAGAAAAAAUCCACAAGACACAAUCGGCACGUGCUGCAAAGAUAAAGGCAAGAAAAGAGAAUAAAGAGAUUUCAGCAACAAAAAUACAGAAAGCCUGGUUCGUUUAUGUGGACAAAACAUUGUUUAAACUCCUAAAACACACAGUUUGUGCAGCGGAAUAUUGUGUGGCACAUGAACUACUGAAGAAAGUAAGCCCCAUAGAAGCUGCACUUAUUAAAGAUCCUAGCAUGAAGUGUAAAGUUAGAUUCAGAUUUGGUGGUGAAACCUUUCCACCUUUUAUCGUGUUCAAAAUUUUUUUUAAAAAUGAUGGCCAUGGUUACAAGUAUUUCAGUGGGAAAGAUUUACUAAAGCCGUCAAGUAAGGCAGUGGCUGAUGCUUACAAGAUAAUGGGGGAAAGAAAAUUUUGUCAACAAAUUAUGGAAGAUGAGCAUUUUUUCCAGAAAUUCAAAGUAGCUGAUCGCAUGGAUGUUGUCACAGUGCAAGAUUACAUGCAAUACUGCAGCCUUAUGGAUGAGACCCCUGCAUCAUCUGGUGGCAAGAAUAACCACUGGCGAAGAUUAAGCCUCAGAAGCAUUCCCAAAACAAUGAUGAUGUAUGACAUAGUUGAUUAUGCAGAGUCUGGAGUAAUCUCAACCCGUUUACAAAAAGAAAUGAAGUAUUUGUUACAGAAGCCACAAACAGAAGCGAUGCGUCAGCACCAGCUAGAGAUGGUUUCUAAAGUUAGGUGUCCAUGCAUUACAACUGUCCGCCCUUAUUACCAGCCUUGGGAACAGCAAGGUAAAAUGAAACAUCUGGGUCGUCGAUCCAAGCAAGCACAAAAGAAGGUUGAACAAAUGAAAAAAGCCUAUAUGGCAGCUAAAGAAGGAAAGGCUUCCCCCAAGGAAGCACAAGUAGACAAAUUACAAACAAAGGAGACGAAGGUCAUCUUCUACUCUCCAUCUUUUGAAAUUUUGGCAAUUGAAGAACCCCCAACAGACAACAAACUGGAAAAAGAAGAAAAUGAAUUAUUUGCCUGGUAUCAAGACCUAUAUGUUAAACAUUCUUCAUUGUUUUGAAACACUAAUUGACAAAAAGCAACAGUUGUUUAACAAUAUUGCUGGCCAUAAAUAAAAAUCAGACAAGCACAAAUAAGU